AUGAGAGUCGGUGCUCCCAUCAUCGUCGCAAACGUUAGUAAAUCGGUCGGUGAGCAGAAAGUUGAUGUGCCAGCGGCAGCGGCAGCGGCAGCGACAGCGACUAAAAGCAUCGUCUCCUUGCAGCGUGAUUGCAAGGAGUCGGAGCAGCUGACCUUCACUCCCGCCGUGGUAAGCAUGGCGAGAGGGUCGACGUCCUUUUCUUGGUACACUAAGAAGCGCAAGACAACGGCACAAAAGGUCACGGCAAGAGAAGGGCCUUAUCCGGGCGCCACAAUGACGGCCACCAAGCAUGCCGCCAACUCGCCAAAAACUAACCAAGCACAACUCGAUCCCAUCAUGGCGGCGCAAAGGCAUUCGACCGACUUGCGGAAGUUUUCCAUACCAGUCGCAAACAGUAUGAACCCGUCAGAGGAGGAGCUCUUACCCUUUCCGGAGCCCGAGGUGUCUUGCAUGCCGCUAGAGCAUAAGCCUGGCGCGAAGAUCAACUACACGUACUAUCCCGCGUCAGCCCGGCAAGGCCACAGCAAUCCCUUCUCGCAGACCUUGAUUGUUUACUUGAACGGAUUGAUGCUCCCAAGAAGCUCUUGGGACGCUUCCAUUCAGAGCUUCCUGGAGAAGAGAUUAGUGGGAAGGUUACCGUACCCGGGCCUGCUCAGCUACGACCGAUACGGGCAAGGCGAAUCCGACCGCGAUCCCACUGACAAAGACCCACCGCCAUGUCACGGCCACGAUUGCGUAUCCGCUGUGCAAGACUUGAAGCAACUCAUCUUGCAAAUAUGGAGAGACCAUCUCGACCCCGCCAAGCCCACACACUUCCCAUGUCUGAUAUUCGUCUGUAACAGCAUAGGAUGUGCUUUGGCUAGACUAUUCAUCCAACUGAAUCCAGGCACCGUGUCUGGCCUAUUGUUCCUCGACAGCAUCAUGGCAAAUUCAGACCAGCAGUCAUUCUGGCCGGACCCAGACGCGCCCGACUUCAACUCGCACACACUACCAGACGGCGUGACUGCAGCUGAAGUACGCGAAACAAGACGAAAGUACAAAGCAAUGUUUCACCCUGACGUUCCCAACAUGGAAGGCCUAUCAAGACGCAACCUCGCACAGCUCCUCCCGUAUGAUGACGCGCCCAAACUCGAGGGCUAUCUAGGAAAAGGACCAUACCUUACCGUCGUAGGCCACGACUGGGAAACAUUUGCCGAGCAGUCAUUCACUGGAACUCUCCAAAUCCCCAAAAUCCUCACAAUGACAUACCACAACCCUGCAUGGCGGCGCUACAACGAAGGCCUGACCCAACUCACCGACGAAGGACGAAGUAUAGGCCCCAUUGUCGCUGUUGACUGCGGACACUUUAUUCAGAAAGACGGGCCGGGGUUUGUGUCGGAUGAGUUGGUGAGUUUGUUGGAUCGUGUGGUUAAUCGCGUGGAGCAGGUUAGUGAGCGGGGUGGGACGUAG